AUGGCCAUUACUGGCAGUGAUCAGGGCGAGACCCAGAUUGAAGUUAUCCCAUGCAAGAUCUGUGGUGAUAAGUCCUCUGGAGUGCAUUAUGGCGUCAUCACCUGUGAGGGCUGCAAGGGGUUUUUCCGGCGCAGCCAACUUCCCACUGUAUCCUACUCCUGCUCCAGGCAGAGUAACUGUCAGAUCGACCGGGCCAGCCGCAACCGCUGCCAACACUGCCGUCUGCAGAAAUGCUUGGCACAGGGCAUGAGCAGAGAUGCAGUGAAGUUUGGACGAAUGUCCAAACGUCAGCGGGAUUCUCUGAUUGCUGAAGUGGAGAGGCACCGACAGCAGCAGCAGCAGCAGCAGCAACAGCAACAGCUUCAGGGAGACACCCAGUCUGUGUUGUCCUACUCCUCUAAAGCCCAUCAAGACCGCUCCACCCAGCUCCUUCAGCCCAUGACCUCAGCCUAUUCCUUCAACGGGGAGGCUGAGCUACUGUCCUACACUGAUGUUCACCCUUACUUUGGGUGCUCUCCGAACGAGUCACAGAUGUCAGAGAUGAUCUAUCGAGACUCCGGUGUUCCUCCCACAUCUCGAUCCCAGGGGAGAGGGGACAACAGUGGACACCCUGACAUAAGAGGUGAGGCACUGAUGUGUGAGCACAGUUCACUCUGUGCAGUCCUCUUCAUCCUCCUGUCCUUUUGUUUUAUUGGUUUAUUUUUCAUGGCAGGACUUGAUUCAAGACAGCCAUCUCGUGAUCUGAUGGCAAUUCAUCCCUAUAACCCUUUGGAGGAUCCUUACAGUCUUUAUCCUCACUCUCUGCGAAACAUAGACGAACUGUGCAGCAGUAUUGUGCGUUCCCACAGAGAGACCAGCCAGUACAGAACGGAGGAGCUGCUGGCUCUUCGAUGGAAACUGUUUAGCAGAGAGGAGAUCCAGGCCUACCAGAGCAAAUCAGUGGAUGAAAUGUGGCAGCACUGUGCCAUUCGACUGACUGAUGCUGUGCAGUAUGUGGUGGAGUUCGCAAAGCACAUCCCGGGUUUCCGUAUACUCAGCCAGAAUGACCAGAUUGCGCUUCUCAAAACUGGCUCCAUGGAGGUGGUUCUGGUCAGGAUGAGUCGGCUCUUUAACAGAGAGAACAACACUGUCUUCUUUGAUGGGAAAUUUGCUGGAACUGAAGUCUUUAAGUCUUUGGCAUGUGGUGACUUAAUCACAGCGGUGUUUGAUUUUGCUCAUGGUAUGUGUGCUCUAAAGCUUACCGAGCAGCAGAUCGCUCUCUUCACUGCUCUGGUGCUGAUCAACGCAGACCGUCCAUGUCUAGAGGAUAGAGGCAGGGUUCAGCGAGUGCAAAGAAGUGUAGAGUUAGGACUUGCACACAUUCUACACCGAGACAACCAAGACAGUCUAAUGCACAAGCUGUACCAAAGGAUGUCAGUGUUGCGUUCCCUGUGCGGCCUGCACAUGGAGAAGCUCCGCUGGUUCAGUCAGCGAUACCCACUCACUGCUCACUCCCUCUUCCCACCGCUCUACAAGGAGCUGUUCACCUCCGAGGCAGAGCUGCUGCCGGGGGCUGCACACUGAUGACUCCUUAUAAUAUGCAAACAUGCACACAUACAUAGAUGCAUGUUAUUACAAGUCUCAUCCUCUUUUUCUGACAGAAUAUAUUUUUCUAAUAAGGAAAAUAAAUGAGGAAAGCAGAGUGAUCGUAGCAUGUUCAGUAUUACAUGAAUUCUAGCAGGUUUUUGUAAUAUAUUUUGUCAAAUGUUAACUUCAGUAUUUUCAUAGCUUAAAACUAUUUAUGUAAUUAUUCCAGGGAAAUGUGUUUUUAUUUUCUUAUGUUUGAAGACAUUGUCAGUGGGGUACAGGAUUCAUGUUCUCUCAGGUUGUACUGUUGAUUCUGUCCAGUUGCUGUGUGUCACAGUAUGUUUAGAUAUGGAGUUUCAAAGAGGCAGGACACCAGUCGUUGUCAACUUAAACUUGAAAAUGGUCAAAAUCUAGACAAAAAGUCAAGCAAACCUCUAACAGGUUAAAACAAAGGAAUAGGGCAGGUAAUAACAAAUGCCCAUGCAAAGCUAAAACUCCAAGAAGCUUAAGGUAUCACAUGGCUCUCCUUCAGCAGCUACUGUCCCACUUCAGGGCCAAAGUAACGCUAUCAACAAAUAAAAUAAUAAUAUACUGGUACAGCAUUCAUUAGUAUGGUCAAAAUGGAGCCACCUGCUCACACUCAGUGUUCACACUUCAAAGGGUGGAUUUUGGCUGCAGAUAUUGUUUUAACACAAACAACACUGAACAUGGGGAAGUUAUUUUAUUUUUAUGCAAUCAUAUGUAUUGCACUCAUGAUUCAGAGUGACAGCCAGUGGUUCCCAUAGUAACUGUGCCAGUCUUUCAGGCUGCACCCAUAACAAAUCACAAGGACUGUCUGACAUCAGUUCAGCACCACUGUUGGAUUAUAUUAUUGCAGUAAUGCUAGAUAUUUUACAAAACAAGUAUUUCUUACAAAAUAUGAAAAACUGAAAAAGAUCAGAUUCUUCCCUGUUGUCUUUCUUAUGUUGACAGCCUCAGAAAGCAAACUGCCCAGAGCUGAAUGUGUCAGUGACAUAGUCAAUAUUAAACAUACCUGAAAGUAUAAGGAAUAACCUGCCUAUUUGUACUGUAUCUGUAUGCCCAUAGAGAGAAGUGUUUGUCCUCAGGCUGAUGUCACAGACUGACUAACAAGUCCUUCAAAUCAACAGUACCUCUGAAAUGUUAUCCUUUGUGUUUGCAUAAAUCCUUACAGACUUUUCUAUCUCUCAAGCUUUGAAAAGAUGUGGCAUUAAAUGUAGAAAACAUAUUCAAUUAAAAAUGUGGAGAUAAAGUAAA